AUGGUAACGCCACCUUUUCCUUUUAAGAAAGGACUGCUGGGGAUUUCACCAUAUGAGAUGAAGGACUUAUUGAAGUCUAUUGCCGAAGUACAAAACCCGAAAGUUGGUGAGGGUCUCCGCCAAACCAGCCUUUCUGGUGGUCCUCCUACGAUGAAGCUGUCAAGUUCUGGCCAGUGGAAGCGAUCUCAGGAAGGUUCGGAAGACGAUAUCGCCAGGAAAAAAUCCAACAACAGAUCGAGUUUUACGAAUAUUGAGGAUGCUAAAAGGGAAGCUCUGGAAUCGGUUGAUGUACAAACUAUCAACUCGGUAAAGGACCUUGAAGUACUGGUUCGCGCCCAUCCGGGAUCGAUGGAAGAAAAAGUUGAAUACGUUUUCCAAUUGCGGAGAAGAAUGAGAGAGGUUUGGAGAAGAAAGUGUUGCGUCGACUAUAAGUAUGUAAGAGUUUCAGUUGUUGUUCUUUGUAUAGCACUCUCUGUUUUCCUACCAAGAUCCCCUGAUAAUCACAAAAUCCAGUGCAGUUACUCAAGAUUUAGUCGUACUUUGAUUGGUCCCUCAGGUGCCCAUCACAAAGACUGUAGUCUGGUUUUUUGCGGUGUUCUUUUUGCGCAAGUAUGGGGAUUUUACUAACCUCGCUCUAGCAACAACCCAAACAUGAAGUUUAUACCUGCGACUGCUUGCAAUAUUGGGUCAGAUCCGCCCGUAUUUCUUCCCCCAUGUUCUUGUGAUUGGACUUGUAGGGGCGAGAUUCUCCAUGGCGUAACUCCACUACCUAUCAUGUGGUUCGAUUUGCCUCGCUACAUAGACCUUGAUGGCAUUUAUGAAUCGAACCCGUUCUACCCCAGAAAACAAUCUGGAAUUUUCUACAAUUAUUGGGGUGGAUUCAGUCUCACGUAAGUAAACUGGCUCUCGUCGAAAGAAUCUCCAAGCUGACUUUUGAGAAGGUUCGUACGAAACUUUAUGAGAUUACCUAAAGAGUUGAGACAUGCAAUUUACGAGCUAGUCGCUUUCUCAUGGGUACCAGACAAGCAAUACCCAUUAGUGCAAACGCAGACCCCCAGACUUAAAUUCGCACGUAGGAACAUCCAGCCCAUAUUCGGACCGGUCAGCAAAAUAAAAGGAUACGACCAGUACUCACAGCUUUCGCACCAUAUGAAAUAUAAAGCGGGAAUGUUGGACUAUUUCAAGGAAGAAGAGUACCGAAAUCUGGAAGCAUUCUGUGGCGCUCUCGCGAUUUUUGAGGGUCGAAUGUAUCAAACAAAAAGUACGAGAGUCCCACUUCCCAUAUACUUUGCCGGCAAAUCUGUCUGUAGCGUACCUGGCAAAAGUAUCGUGGGGGAACAUGUCGAUCUUAGGAGGGAGGAACAAAGAUCUCUCGGUAUCUUGAAUGAUUUUGUGGCAUGGUUUUGGGAGAAUGUUGUUGUGGAUAUGUCUUCUGAGGUUUCAGGAGCAUUUUAUCGUGACCAGGACCCAACCAACAAGGUAAGUCGUUUGAGUAACCUUUAAUAUCUUCACUGACCCGAAUAUUCAUUUUAGGGAAAAGAAAUCAUCAUUCCAGCUAAGAUUCGCAGACGGAUGUAUAAGCCAAGAGAGCUACAACACACAAGUCCAUGCGACCAAGCCAGUCAUCACCGCUGGAUCUCGCAUCUCACAUUUAGCACUCAAGCUUCACACUCUCGUCGUGGUGCUAACACUAUUCAGCAAGAGUUUCGAGGUGUUAUGGAUGUCUGCGAUUACAUCAAGUUGAACCUUCCUUGCCUGCGUACUCUCCGAGUAUUCCUUCGCAUUAGUCCCAGACAAGCUCGACAGGUCAUAAGUUCUCAGGGUAACCUACCAUGGAUUCAAUCUAUUCGCAGCCUUCCAACUCUCGAGAAGUUCAAUUAUCACGUUCUAGUCGAGAACCCGCCAUCAUGGAAAAACUCAAUGGAGAGCAACUCUACGGAGACAUUGCUUGAGUUGACGAAGGAUGUGACGAAAAUCUUGGAGUUGUGUAUGCCUAGGAUUUCUGCGUGA